ACGUCAUUGCGGCUUCAUUUUCUUCAUUGACGCCAUCUUGGACAGCACGUUUUGUUACAGAAGAAAGAAAAGUCGCAGAUAAAUAUUUCUGUUAUAUGGGUUAAUUUCAUCGACAAACACGAUGGCCCAUUUUGUAUAUCCUAUGGCAAAUACUGCCCAACCUGCAUCAGGUUAUCCUACGGCUCAAACCGCUUAUGUAGCUGCUCCCCAAGCCGCCUACGCCACGGCUCCUCGGGCCGGACAAGCUUAUGAAACUGCAUAUCAAGCAGCUCAUGCAACUCCACAGUAUGCGUAUACCACUAGAACACCAGUUGCUGUAACUCCCGCCGUGGCAUAUGAUCAGACUAAAGCUUAUUAUCAGCCUGGCCAGGCAGUAGCGACGUACACAACACCAGAGACACAUUAUCAAGCUGCAAAACCAUCAUACAGUACAAGUUCCUCGUACAAUGCUACAGCUAUCCGCCAACAAGCAGCAGCAAAGCCACAAUCUGUACAAGUCUCCACAGCUAGUGGAUCGUAUGUCUAUCCAGCAUCAACAAGUCAAGCAACCACAAGUUACUCUGGAGCCUCUUCUUAUAACAACGCAAAUACUAGUUAUGAUGCAGCGCUCUACACAGCUGCAACUAGUUACUACCAACAGCAACAAACGGCAAAGACGACCAGCAAUUGGGCAUUAAAGAAACAAAGUCAAAAUAAAUUUACGAAAGCCAAGGGACCACCAAAGCAGCCACAGCUCCACUACUGUGAUGUUUGUAAGAUUAGUUGUGCUGGACCUCAAACAUACCGUGAACAUCUUGAAGGACAAAAGCACAAAAAGAAAGAAAGUGCUGCAAAGGCUGGAUCUGCCCCGUCUUCUACCCGUUCACACAAUCAGUUGAGAUGUGAACUUUGUGAUGUCACUUGUACAGGCACUGAUGCAUAUGCUGCCCAUAUCCGUGGAACCAAACAUCAAAAAGUCCUGAAGCUCCAUACACGUUUGGGAAAACCGAUUCCGUCAAAUGAUCCAGUUGUUAUAACAAGUAAUAGUUCAUCAACUGUUACUGCCAAAACGGCUAUUAAUACAACUAGUCAAGCAACCAAGACUGUUGUUGGUAAGGUAGUCAACUCGGCUACUCAAGGUACAAAGAAAGUACUAGCUACACCCAAGAUAACAUUUGUUGGUGGAACACAAUUGAAAACAACUGGUGUAAAGACAGAAGAAAUUAAAGUUGAAAAUAAACCAGAAGUUGGAGAUACGUCAUCUUCUAAACCAAUGGAAGAAGAGCUGAAUAUUUUGGGUGAAAAGGAAGUCUCACCUGUAGGCCAUGAAUACAUUGAAGAAAUGAAAAAUGAUCUUGGAAAGGUUGUCAGCUUUAAUUGCAAACUGUGUGAAUGUAAAUUUAAUGAUCCCAAUGCUAAAGAAAUGCAUCUCAAAGGUAGAAGACAUCGUUUACAGUACAAGAAGAAAGUUGACCCCAAUCUUCAAGUUGAAGUCAAGCCAAGUAUUCGAGCUAGAAAAGUCCAAGAAGAUCGCUUACAUCGACCAUCAUUCAAAGAUGAAUUUUGGAGGAGACGAGAACAAGAAGAAAGAUGGAGAGGAGAAAUGGAGGAAGAUAUGUAUUGGCAGAGACACUACGAAAUGGAAUUUCAUGGUCGACGUCCUGGAAUGAUGCCUCCUCGCCCAUUUAUGCCCGGACCAGGAAUGGGUAUGGGCAUGCCUCUGCGUAGACCUGAUUCAUCAGAUGAUAGAAGAGUUAUGGCCAAACACGCUACUGUCUAUCCUACAGAAGUAGAAUUACAAGCUGUUCAAAACAUGGUCACAACCUGUGAAAAAGCAUUGAAACAAGUAUCAGACCUGCUGGCAGAAAGUGAUGCGCCUAAACCUGAUGUUGGAACUGUCAAAAAAGAAAAAGAUGGAAAAGAUGAUAAAGAAAAAGAUAAUCAAACAGAUGAAGCCCAAUCUCACAGAACUUUGAAGGGAGUGAUGAGGGUUGGUGUGUUGGCUAAGGGCCUGCUUUUACAUGGAGAUCUAAAAGUCAACUUGGUUGUCCUGUGCUCUGAAAAGCCAACUAGAACAUUACUAGAGAGAGUGGCAGAUGGGUUGUCAAAACAUUUGGCUGCCAUACCUGAGAAUAAAUUUGAGGUAAAACGCUGUGUUGAAGAAGCUGCCAUUAUUGUUACAAGUGAAGAAGACCCCAAAACAACUUGCAUUAUUACACUGUCUUCACCUGUAAUGAGAGAGACCAGCCCAACAAAUGGGGACAGCACACCGGCUGUCAAAGAUCCUCCAGACGUUCUUGAUAAGAAUAAAUGUCUUGAAGCCCUGGCUGCUCUUCGACAUGCGAAGUGGUUCCAAGCUAGAGCCAAUGGUUUGCCAUCCUGUGUAAUAGUAAUUCGUAUUAUGCGUGAUCUAUGCCAGCGAGUACCAACUUGGACGCCAUUGAGUGAAUGGGCGUUAGAAUUAUUAGUAGAGAAGUGUAUAAGCAGUGGUGGACAAGUAUUGAGUCCUGGUGAUGGGUUGAGAAGAGUAUUUGAAUGUAUUGCUUCUGGCAUCUUGUUACCUGGCGGUCCAGGCCUGUGUGAUCCUUGUGAAAAAGAACCAACAGAUGCUGCUGGAUCCUUGACCAAUCAACAGAGAGAAGAGAUCACUGCCUCUGCACAACAUGCCCUAAGAUUGAUAGCUUUCCGUCAGAUUCAUAAAGUACUUGGUAUGGACCCUGCCCCAUUACCAAAAUUUAACAAACAACGUUUUAAUCCCAGAAAACGACGACGAACCAAUAGUGCUGGUGGUGAAGUAGAUGAUGCUGCUGGUGAGAAAAAAGAUAAGAAGGAUGGUGAUGAAGCUAUGGAGACUGUUGCAGAAGUAAAGUAAUUGAUAAUCAGUGUUUUCCUUUUCAGGAGUUAAUUUACUUAGCUAAUUAGUGUAGGUACUUUGUGAUCUGUGAUCAUUGUUAUUUGGGUCGGCUUAUGCUACGAAAAGUACAUGAAUUGUAUUCAAAUUAUAUUUUUUUUCCAUUCAUCUUCCUCUUAAGUGUCCUAUUCGCGAUCGUUGUGCACUGCUUAGAGGAAUAUGUUGUGACAUUUUCAUUCAUUCAUGCUUUAGGCGGCAUUUGAAUUCGAGAUGUUGAUUCAUAAAAUCUAAAUCAUGCUUUUAGAUUAGAAUUAAUUAAUUUUUGUUGAGCCGGGAUACAUUACUCCUGGCUUCGAGGUACCAAUCAAUACUCUUAGUAAUUAGUAAUUAUUUCCAUGAAAAUUUGAAUCCAAGCUACAGCCUACAUAAAAACAAUUUGAAACUGUGCAGUUAAGUUUUUAUUUUAGAUUUUAUAUUGCUAGUACUAAAUAGAUCGAAAGAAAAAUUUCAUACAUUUAUGAUUUCCUUGUCUCGCAUUUAUAUUGCUUUUAUGUAUUCAUGUUUGUUAAACCGUAACUUGAAAACUUUGGUGUCGAUACAUUAAAUAUAUUCAAAAUU